CCUCCUUACUGGGGAGUUGGCCACAGCGCGAAGCGGCUUCAUGGUGUCCUGCUGACAGGAGUCCAACCAGCUGACUGCUCUGCUGUCUGUUAAACAGCGAUGAAAGCCCCGCUGGUUCUGACAACUUAAGAACUGUUCCGAAUUUAAAGUGACGGACUGAGAGGACCGGAAGAGAGCGGAAGGCACCGGAAGACGGAGCGAUCUGAGGAUGGCAGGAGUGUUUGACAUCGACCUGGAGACGGAGGACGGCAGCGACACAGAGGAGGACGCGUGUGAGGUGAUGGUUGUUGAACCUGACAGCGGUCAGACGGAGGAGGUGGAGCUGACCAGUGAAAACGUCAACAGAGACAGCGAGAGAGUUGGACCGGACUGCUUCGAGCUCCUCACCGUUCUGGGCAAAGGGGCCUAUGGCAAGGUUUUCCAAGUGAGGAAGGUUCAAGGUCCCCAAACAGGAAAGAUAUUCGCCAUGAAGGUCCUGAAGAAGGCGAAGAUCGUCCGUAACGCCAAAGACACGGCUCACACCCGAGCCGAGCGCGAGAUCCUGGAGAAGGUCAGACACCCGUUCAUCGUGGACCUGCUGUACGCCUUCCAGACGGGAGGAAAGCUCUACCUCAUCCUGGAGUGUCUGAGCGGAGGAGAGCUGUUCAUGCAGCUGGAGAAGGAGGGAAUCUUCAUGGAGGACACGGCCUGCUUCUACCUGGGAGAGAUCACGAUGGCCCUGGGUCACCUGCACUCCUACGGGAUCAUCUACCGAGACCUGAAGCCUGAGAACAUCAUGCUGUGUCAGCAAGGGCACAUCAAGCUGACUGACUUUGGCCUCAGUAAGGAGUCCAUCCAUGAUGGAACCAUCACACACACCUUCUGUGGCACCAUCGAGUACAUGGCUCCAGAGAUCCUGACCAGGUCGGGUCACAACCGAGCCGUGGACUGGUGGAGCCUCGGCGCGCUGAUGCACGACAUGCUGACUGGAUCGCCUCCGUUCACAGCUGAGAACAGGAAGAAGACCAUCGAUAAGAUCCUGAAGUGUAAAGUCAACCUUCCUCCGUACAUCACGGUCGAUGCCAGAGACAUGAUCAAAAAGCUGCUGAAGAAGAAUCCGGCUCAGAGACUCGGCUCUGGGAAAGACGACGCCGCUGACAUCCAGAAACAUCCGUUCUUCAGACACAUCAGCUGGGAGGAGCUGCUGAACAAGCGAGUGGACCCGCCGUACAAACCGCAGCUGCACUCUGAGGAAGACGUGAGCCAGUUUGACACCAGGUUCACCAGACAGACGCCGGUGGACAGUCCGGACGACACCAGGCUGAGCCACAGCGCCGAGCUCGCCUUCGCCGGUUUCUCCUUCGUGGCGCCGUCGGUCCUCGAGAGCCUGAAGGAAGGAUUCUCGUUUGAGCCGCGAUCGCGUCACGUCCGCCGCCACAACAGCAGCCCGCGCACCCCCAUCAGUCCUCUGAAGUUCUCUCCGGCCGGACCCUUUAAGUCCAGCAUGGACGGGGAAGCGGACCUGUUCUCCCCCACGUCUCCGCCUGCCGCUCCGCCUCCCGGCCCGCUGGAGAACGGCGCGGCGAGUCAGCCCAUCAAGACGCCGUCCAGGAACAAGAAGAAGAAGGAGCAUCGGAGAUGAGGCCCAGGAAGAACCAGAGGGAUUCUGUCUGCUCCACGGAUCAUCGUCUCUGUCUGUUCAUUAUUCAGCUUUCAUUUAAAGCUCUGAAGUAACCAAACGACUAAAUCCUCCAGACUGCGGCUCCGCGGAGCAGAAACUCCUUCUAAAUCUAAUUAAAGGACAGGAAGGCAUCGAUUUUCCUUCAGCAGCUUCCCUGCGUGUUUCUGGGGUCGACUUGAGAUUUGUGAUGGAUGGACUGGAAACUGUGAGUUUAAUUACAGAGGAAGCUCUGAUUUAAGGUUUUCCAGUAAUGAGUCUGUCAGAGGUCAGCCGACCGUCAGCCGACAGGAAGUUAAACUUUAACGCUUCUGUUCUUUUGGUUGCUUUUAUUUAUUUCUGCACGUAAAAAGAAAACGUGAUGACAUCAGUCUGCCUGUUGGUUCGGUUUGACAUUUAACCAAUCAGAGCAGACUGGGCCUUAAAGAGACAGGAGCUAAAAACUCAAUAGGAAAAAAAAUCACUGAAUUCAGCUUUGAAAUGAUGAGUUUGUAAAUUAUAACAGAUUCUGUAAUGACUGUAUGUAGAAAUCUGCUGAAUGAUCCAUGCAGCAGGAUGUUAUGUUUGUCUCGUCUUUUUUCUCUGGAUCUUCAUGUCUGCUGCCAAACUUGUUCUGAUUGGACCGAUGGACCGGUCCAAUCAGAAACCCAACCGCUGAUCACACAGAAGCUGUUUCUGCAGACCUGCAGGUCAAACCGUGUUGGGUCAGAGGUGUUUAUUUCCCCUUCAGUCAAGCCAGCAGGGAAUCACUCGGGAAGCUCCUCCAAUCAGGAAUCAGGAUGAUCCGGAGGAUCAGGGACAGCCUGGUUCUGGUCCCAAUAUCCUGUUUUAUCAAAACCAUUUUCUUCAAAGUUUUUAUCUUUUUCUCAGCAUUUGGCAGAACGUCCCUCUAAACGGACUUGAGUUGAAGGUUUUGGGUUUCCUUCCACAAGCCUCUCAGAGCUGGAAAUCUGAUCCGUUCCUCCCAACAGAACCGGUGGAACUGGGUCGGAUCUGUUUAUUCUGCCGAGUUCCACCUCCUCAGCCAUGCUGCUUCAAUAUUUCAAACUGAUUGAGUUGUGAAGCGCACCAGUCCCUCCUGCAGCAAAAGGUCCAGUUUUCGCUCCAUCAAGCGUCACCAGCCUGAGGGACGUCUGGCUUUGGUUCCACUGGGAUUGGUGGCUUCAGCCCACUGGACCCGUUUCAUACCAGAACCUGUUGGUCUGUGGGAGACGGAACCGGGUCAGAGUUCACGUUUACCUCAGGUGAUGUGAAUGAACCAAUCACUGGCUUACAAAGCUGUGACAUCAUCAGCUGGCCUGGCCUCAGAGCAGGGCGUCAAACUCCAGUCCUCUGCUGUCCUGCAGCUCGUAGAUGAGCCACAGGUAGAAAACACUGGAAUGAAACGGCUUCAUUUCCUCCUCCUGGUUUGGGUCGGGUCUCCAGAACCGUGAUGACCUGAUUAUUCUGUUCAGGUGCUGCAGCAGAGGCUCAUCUAAAGGUUUCAGGGCAGCGGGGGACUGCAGUUCAACACCUGUGCUUUAAAGGAACGGUAACCUAGGUGUAUGUACAUUUCUGACUUCCAACAAAGUUAAAUUAAUCAGGAUUUGAUCAAAUUGAAAUGGUCAUUUUAACCUAAAAUAAAAUCAAAUGUCAGAAAUGAUUUAGGUUGAGAUUCAGAGAUUUUCUUUUGUUUUGGCAAAUUUCAGGAGCCUAAAAUAUUCCAAGCAUUAAAAAUGCAUUAAGUAUUAAUUUUAAUGACUUUAGGAAACUUGUCACAAUUUUCUUUCCUUAUUUUUCAAAAUAAUUUUAAGCUCUUCCUCUGAGUGAAUCGAUAAACUGAUAUCAUUUCUGUAGAUGAGAGAAUCUGACUGGAUUCUGUUCGCAGCAGCCGUAAAGAGCCGGCGCCGGUUCUGAGCCGGCCUGGUUUUGGUUCUGAACCAGUUAAAAGUCUUCAGAUUUCCUGGGAUGUUUUCAGAGUUGAAAUCACAGAACAGCUUCGGAGUGAAGUGGAAAGUUUGUCUGCUGAGAAGCCGUCGCUGCUGAACAGCUGCUCAGAGUUUAUCGAUUAAAAUCCACCAGGAGGCUGAGAAACUUUUCCCUGUUUGGAUGUUUUUGUUCCUCCAGGAUCCGUUUAUACCCUCAGAGUGAUGACGGGGUUAAUUGUGUUCAGACCCGCCUCCCCAUCAUGGUGCCAACUUUACAUGAAUCCAGUUUUCAGGAAACGGGAAUUAAAACUGAUAUAUAUAUAAAUAUAUAUAUCUUUAGAUAUUUUCAGGGUUUUGAAACACAUGAGCUUCCAUUUGGGUUUAAUUUUUAAAGUUGUUUCCUUGUCUGCAGUGUUUGGAUCAGCAUCAUUACCUCUGACUGGGUCACAUCAGAAAAUGAUUUACUUUGUCGGGUUUUGUUUAUUUGCAUAAUUUACUGUUAUGAUGAAGAGAUUUGAAGAGGAAUAAUGAACCUCUGGACUUGUACAGAUAUGUAAACAGUAAAGAACAAAAAGUUUAUAUUUGGGAUUGUUUUGUUUCCUCUGACUGAUGAAUGUUGUGAAUAAAUCCUGGGAUGUUGAGA